AUGUCAGCGCCUCCACCACCGCCACCUCCCCACAAUCCUCUAUCAAAAGUUUCUCCCGUGGUCACGAAACUCAAGACUUACCCGUCGAAGCUUUACCACGUGCCGGAUUCUUUCCAUAAUCCAACCCUCACCCCUACAGGUCCGUACUUUUGCUACGGUACCUUAACGGAUCCCUCGACGCUGGCCGAAAUUCUAGGUCAUGAUGUAGAACCCAAUCUUCGGCCGGCGAAGAUUGUGGGCUACGAAUGUAAACUCUGGGGUCAAUAUCCGGCCCUGCUGACCUCUACCACGCACGCGACGGUCGAGGGCAUGGUGUAUCGUGUCCAGACGGAGGAAGAUGGCCAAAAGCUGGCAGCCUACGAAACAAGGAGCUAUCGGGCCGUUCCUUGCCGUAUCCUGUAUACCGAUGGGAAAGAAUCGGGCCAAGAGCAUGGUUAUACCUUCCAAUUCGUGGGGAAUUUCCACGAUUUGACCGAUGGCGAGUUUGACUUGAAAGUAUGGCUACGGAGAAUGAAGGGGAAGAGUCCCGGCUGA